UGAAAAAGUCGAGAUGCCUAAACCUGACAAGAAGAAAAGAGGAAGGCCAAGGAAGGACAAGCCCUCAACCUCCCAAGCACCAGCCCAAGCAACCUCUCAAGCACCAGCCCAAGCAACCUCUCAAGCACCAGCCCAAGAAACCUCUCAAGCACCAAACCAAGCAACCUCUCAAGCACCAAACCAAGCACCAUCCACAGCUCAAAGUAGUGUUACAGCUGCCACCAUUUCAAGGGAAAUAAAUUUCUCCAAGAAAGGAGUUGGAGUGUACACGAACUUAGCAACUGGAAAUGUUUACUUCCAAGGGCGUAGAAUCACUCGAGGAAGCACCUCUCAACCUCCAGCUAGGGGCAGAGGCAGGGGAAGACCAAGAAGAACAAUUGAUGUGGUGACAACUCAAGAAAGUGUUGCUAGAGCUCCAGGAGAUGGUCAAGUUUGAUGCUACUGAACUGAUGCUUUUGAAAUAUGUAAAGAAACUUGUUUUCUUGUGAAGUUGUGUACUCUAGUUUUUUUGUGAAGUUGUGUAAUGAUGCUACUGAAGUUGUGAACUGAUGCUACUGAUGCUUCAGUCUUUUUUGUGAACUGAUGCUAUGGAAAA